AUGGCAAAGAUGCGUGAAGACUGCCCAGCCAACAAACCCUCGCCAAAGUCGUCCCCCGCAUACACCUCACACAGCGGACCCCAGAUUAGUGUUGGAGUAGCACGAGGCCAGGAGCUCCGCGGACGCAUCAACACGCGCUACGCCCGGUUUCAUCAAAAGGCCCAAGUGCACCUCGACAUCUUUGUACAACCAUCGUGGCUUUCAUGGUGCGGGGAGUUAAUUUCGCCUGAGUGGGCUGCUGCCGUCUCAGUGGACAAGGAACCGAGCCCUCCUCCGGUGACUGAGGCCUCCGUGCACAUGCCUUCCAAUACUGGGGAGGUUGCGGCCUCUGGUUCCCUGACCGCUUCCACCAGUUUCGACGACUUGCUUCCCCCGGCUGUUUCAACAUCUGCUUCUGUAGUAGCUGCACCAGUUGCUGCUGUGACUGCUGAGGGUGUUCCCAUCCUGAAGUUCGAGUUUCAAGCUCGUGCGGCAAACCCUGUCGCUAUUGACCCUCCUUCCGAUUCCGAUACUGCGGCCAUGGAGGUCGAUAUCCCGCUGGCUACUGUGGUCGCUAAGCCCCCUUCCGCACUGGGCUCCGGUAUCAUUGAGCUUUCCAGUAAUGAUGAGGACAACAGCAACAGCGACGAGGUCCAGUACGUGGGUGGCAACAUUCCUAACUUGUCUCCGGCCCACCCGAAGAAGGGUAAGGGGCGUGACCACAAACAUGCGAAGCCGUCCAGCAUGACCACCGUGUUCGAGGAUCAGUACGUGCGCAUGCCGGUCCAUACAUUUUGCGAUCGCUCCCUUCCGCCGACGUACCUCCCGCUGUGGCAGAGGCCUUUCAUCGCUUGCUUGUGUCUCUACUGUUUAUCCUCUGAGAAAGUCUCACAUACGUGCAUGCUAAGCGAGUUCCGGCUGAAGUGUCGCAAAUGUCAUCGCGACCACAAGGCCUGCAAAUGGUGUAUUCGCAACACGGCCGCAGACGCUAACGAUUCGGACGGCUGGCUUUCGCUGAAAAAGAUCUACCGUCACAAUGACUGGGAAGUGCCUAAAUCCCCUGAGGCCUCGGUGAUGGCAAAGGCUUCUCGCCACCAGGUUAGAUAUGAUCGGAAGAUGCGCGACACCAACACCACUGGAAGCGAGAAGGUUGCGCUUGCUGCGGCGCUGCGUCUUUUUCUGGUCAGCUCCCUGCCUGACACGCCUGAGACUGAGUCGGAGGUCGAUGAUGCGUUCGACGAGGUCGUAGUAAAGCAAGAGAAGGAAGCCGCCGGUCCUUCAUGUCGUAACCUGGCUAUCCCACCACCUCCGAGUGCUCGUCUCGACCAUCCUUCCAAGCAUCCUCGCAUCGACGAUUCCAAUCCUGAUGACAUCAUGAUGCAGCAUUUUCACGCCGGUACCAUCGUCGUCCCGUCGACUAAGGUCUUCAAGUCACGUUCAUCGAAAAGCAAGUCUCACGUCAAGGGCUCCUCCAAGACCACGACUGCAAAAUUGGAGCCGUCUCACACUUCAGCAACUGCCAUUGAGCCUUCUGUGGCUAGCACGCAACUCGAGCGAAUGAUUGAGCUUUCGCAGCAGCUUCUCGUGGAGAAUCGUGCCCUGAGGGCUCGCAAAUUGUGA